AUGGAAGCUCUCCAAGGCAACAACAAUUACUCCUUCUCCACCGAUACCGACAUCGGCACCUCCCUCUCCCAGCUCAUACUAAUGGGCGGCGCAGGCUCCAACACUCUCGAUUCCAUCUUCUCCCUCUGCAGUCAUCACAACCCAUCACCGCCGGCCAAAACAGAGCCGCUCGGUUCCUCCGUCUACCUCCACCAGAGAGAGCUUCUCCAGAAAUUCAUCGAACAAAACAGACCCACCACCACCGCCACUGCCAACACCAUCUUCGGUUCGAACAAUUACUCCCUCCAGAGCUCGUUUUUACUCCAGAGGAGCAAUCCGCCGUUCCCCGCGGCGGCGGCGAAGGCGACGAAGCUGUACAGAGGUGUGAGACAGAGGCACUGGGGGAAAUGGGUCGCCGAGAUUCGUCUCCCGCAGAACAGGAUGCGCGUCUGGCUCGGCACCUACGACACCGCCGAGGCCGCCGCCUACGCUUACGACCGCGCCGCCUACAAGCUCAGGGGAGAGUACGCGCGAUUGAAUUUCCCCAAUGUCGACGACCCGAUCAAAUUGGGGCUUAUCGAUUCGGCGAAAUUGAAUUCCCUAAAGACCUCCGUGGAUGCCAAGAUUCAGGCCAUCUGUCAGAAAUUGAAGAGGGAGCGAGCUAAGAAGAUCGCCGCGAAGAAAGCCAACGGGAAUAGCAGCAGCAGCAAUUCUUCUUCUGCUGCUUCAGGGGAAGGCCGGGAGAGUGGAAGAAGUGCGAGGCCGAAGGAAGAGCCGAACUCGCUGUCUCCGUCGCCUUCGCCGUCGUAUUCGUCGACGACGUCGACGGCGACGGCGGGAACAGAGUAUGCGGUGAUGGCGCCGGAGGAGGAGGAGAUGGUAAUGGACGGUGGAUGUUCACUGGCGAGAAUGCCGUCUUAUGAUUUGGAACUGAUUUGGGAGGUUUUGGCUAACUGA